CCGUCACAGGAAGCGCUUCUGUACAUCCAGGUCCGUGUGUGGCGGUGGCAUCACCUACUGAUCCUUCAGAAAUGCUUGAAAACAUGUAGGGUGCGUGGACGCUACCGCGCUACUCGGCCAAUAAAAGAGCUUUGUUAUUGGAAAGCUAUUUGAUCCAGAAAAUAGCGAUGCUACUGCCCAACACUGCUUAUACAUGGGUAGGUUUGUCAUUUUUUUCUUUUACUUGAGUAAUUGUACUUUUUUCUGAGUAAAGAUUUUGAGUACUCAACCCGCCACUGGCCAGCGGCAGCAGUACUAACGCUGACAUGGUGAACAUGAGACAGACAGCAGAGAUGAGGGCGACAGCAGAACAGAGUCAGAGCAGCAGUUUAUGGUGAGCAUGAUGAUGAUGAUAUGGCUUAUUUAUUUAUCUACUCAGGGGCUCAGCUCAGUUGAUUUCUGGACUUUAGGAGUGCUACUGAGGAGUUUCUAGUUUUGAAAAUGUAUUUUAAAGCUUCAUUUAGUUAUUUUCUCUACUUGCAUAAAAUUCUCAAGAAUGCAGGAAUAAAUGUCUCUAAAGACCCAGAGGGCCCGACAGAUGCUUUGUCUGGAGAGCAGGCUGACCAGGGACAAACUCCUGGGCCACUUCUUUGCCUCCGUCAUUGACCAUCCUUGACCUUAAAAACCUGUGCCUGGAGAUGUGCAUGUGUCUCUUCUACGUGUCCAUAAACAAAUGAAAAGAGGUCAAAAUGUUCACACAGAGACGAGCAUCCUGCAGUAUUUAAGAGGACAGAGGAGUAGAAAACACUGAGGAGGGUGAGCUUGUAAGUUGUAUGGAUAGCUAGUAGACAUAGUAAAUUCUAAAACUCACGUAGUAAAAGACUUUGUUAGGCCAACAGCAUGUCAUCAGAGUUGCAUUGAAGACAGUUCUGUGUUCACAAACGUUUGUUGCAGGGAGAGUCAGGGCCAGGUGAGACACAGGAAACAUCACAGCUCACAGGUGUAACGUCAGGAUAACUAAAUACAUUUGUACUGUGGCUACAUUACCUAUUGGUAAUUAUUGGUUUUGUUCUAGUUAUAUUAUACUCUAUCUCUCUGACCCAUUUCGAGUUCUCAUGAUCUCCCCUCUCCAGUCCAUUCUCCAUCUUCUGUCACUACAAAGACCCUCUUUCAGCCACACUAAUAAGCACAUUCUGUUUUCAAAAGUCAUUAGAAAUGAGAAUUUAAGGGAUUUAUUUAAAAAUAAAUCGGGGGUUUAUGCCCCCGAACCUCCCUAGCAUUUCAGGGUCCCCCCCAGGUUCAAAGUCGCUCCUACACCCCUGUGCUUACAGAUCAGAAGGUGCAAUGGAAAAUUAUAUUUUAGGUAUUGCACAUCAGUAGCCACAGGCGAGGUUGCACAGAUUUAUGGGUGUGGAAACACUAAGGGCGUCUCCCAGAACCUCUAAAGAACUGAACUGUUCUCUCGUUAUGAUGAGCGGCACUGUGGGGCAACGGUUAGCACUGCUCCACUGUGUAAUAACCAGAGUUCAUCAUUCAAAUGCUGUUUUUUCAGGGAGGAUGUUCAAAUUAAGUAUUAAAGUAUUAGUAAAAGUAUAAGUAAAGUAUUUUAGGUGAACUGUAAAGUAGGAGGAGUCAGUUUGGUUCCUGUUCUUAUCCUGUAAGUAUCCUGACCAGCUGCACUGCAAAACAACAGAACACCCUGCAGCGCAUGGUGAACGCAGCAGGAAGGAUCAUCGGUGCCUCCCUCCCGUCCGUCCAGGACACCUACAGCAGCCCCAGCCCUCACUCAGCCUCUUCACUCUCCUGCCAUCUGGGAGAAGGUACCGGAGCCUCCGGGCCCUCCACCAGACUGAGGAACGGUACCAUCCAUCAGGCUGGAAGGACCCAAACGUCUUCAAACGAUUUUUUCAAAUAAAAAAGUUUCUUUGAUUUAAAAAAAAAAGAACACAAGUCAACCACGACUCCCAGAGUGCAUUUCAUUAAGAGCCACCCAAUCGCAGAGCUCUGCAAACGGCAGGUGGAAGCUAAAGGUGACGCUGUUGAGAAAACGUUUAUGAUCUGCAGCUUAAAUCAGUUCACUUUUAUUUUGGAGUUAACUUUGGUUGAAUUCAGUAACGUCAAAGUGUUCUCACGUCUCAACGCUCUGAUUCACACCACAGACUGGUUGCAUGGCAACAGCAGCUGAGGCUCAUGGGUUUUUUGGAGAAAAGCUUGAAUUCUGAAAAACUUUCGUUUUUCUGUUUGGAACUUGUGGGAGGCUGCAAGUUUUCCAAAUAAAAGCGUUUUGCUUAUUUAAAUCAUUCUUAAUUUUAUUGUUGCCGUAUCGUGAUACCGUUACAGUGAUCGGUUUUAUCGACCAUGCCUAUAAGACGCCAUCAUUGAUGGGUCACAUGCGGGUUUUUGCUGCUGUCAGACGGUCUGGAGGAUUUUCGCUCUGCUGAAUCACUUGUGACAGAAGAAGAAAUCUGCAGAGUGGUUCUAACAGUCGGCCCUCUGGAUCUCUGCAGACGGGUUGUAAUGUUACUCUGACGCCAUGUGAUUGUUCCCACUUCCGUCAGCGUCCUUACAGGAAGUUUCUAGUUUCUUCUUUGCUGAGUGGACGGUCAUCAGUCCUGCUGCACACCUGCAGAGAGGCGACACAGGUCUGUCAGCAGAACUGAACUCUGAGCUGUGGCAGGCCGAGAGGAGGAAGCUGCCGCUUAACAUCAAACCAAUUAGCAGUAAAUCGGGGGAUUAGAGGCAGCAGCUGAUCUGCCGUUAAUGGGAUCAAAGCCGGUCGGAGGUUUAGGAUGACGAGUCGCAGCUCGCUCACAUUCACACCUCAACGCUUUCUUCUGCAGGAAAAUCUCAGUGGUGAGGAGCCACAAGCCGAUCUGACGGGUUUUAUGUGAAUAUUCGAUUGUGGUUUGAUGGCAGACCCCUCUGCCCCCCCAGCAUUAUGGACUGUCCUGACCUGCAGCUCGGCAUUAUGGGUUUGAAACCUCUGGAGUUCUGGCCAAGUCGCGUUCAGUUGCUUCUUUCUGGAACGGAAUAAACCUGUCAAACUGUGACGGAACUGUUUUCUUCUUGAUACCUGACCUUUAGUGAUCGUUGAUUCCUGUUAGUGUUUGAUCGUACCAAGAGCUUAACAUGCCGUUCAUGCCGGUGAAGUUCAACCUGCAGAAGCGGGUGAAGCUGGCUCAGGGUCUGUGGAUGAUCUAUUGGCUCUCGGUCAUCGUGGGGAUCUUCCUCUUCAGCCUCGGCAUCUUCUUCAAGAUCGAGCUGCGGAAGAGGAGCGAGAUGAUGGACAACAACGAGAGCCACUUAGUGCCCAACCUGCUGAUCCUGAUGGGCUUGUUGGCCUGCGGGGUCAACGCCUUCGGAGGAAAGGUGUGCCAUGACUCUCUGGACCCCAUCAAGUUCGCCAAGUGGAAGCCGAUGCUGAGGACGUACCUGAUGCUGUGCUGCGGCUUCAACGCGCUGCUGCUGCUGACGGCGCUGCUCUGCUUCCUCAUGCAGUUCGCCGUGUACCUGACGCUGGCCGAGGGCCUGAAGAACAGCAUCAAGUUCUACAAGGACACGGACACGCCGGGACGCUGCUUCAUGAAGAGGACUCUGGACAUGACGCAGAUCGAGUUCCGCUGCUGCGGCAACAACAACUUCAGGGACUGGUUCGAGGUGCAGUGGAUCAGCAACCGCUACCUGGACAUGAGCAACGACCUGGUCAAAGAUCGUGUCCUCAGUAACGUGGAGGGGAAGUACCUGAUGGACAGCGUCCCUUUCAGCUGCUGUAACCCCGGGUCCCCGCGGCCCUGCAUCCAGCAUCACCUGACCAAUAACUCUGCCCACUACGACUACGACCACCGCAUCGAGGAGCUCAACAUCUGGACCCGGGGCUGCCGCGAGGCCCUCUUCUCCUACUUCAGUGGCAUGAUGAACAGCAUCGGGGCGUUCCUCAUCGUCACCAUCAUCCUGGAGUCCGUGGACAUGGCGGGGUUAAAGUACCUCAGCACGGCUCUGGAGUCGAUGGAGGACCCAGAGAACCCAGAGUGCGAGAGCGACGGCUGGCUGCUGGAGAAAGGCGUGAAGGAGACGUUCGGCGAGCUGCUCACCAAGCUGAAGACGCUGGGGAAGACCAACCAGGUGGAUGAGGGCGGGGACGCACAGGAGGCCGCUACCUGAGAGCCCCGCCCAGUACACUGCCACUAAGGACUGAGGUCUCCCCCCUCCCCCCCUCCCAGCUGCCUCUCCAGAUAACAGGGAGCGGGAGAGGAGAGGUCGUCUCCACCGUCUGUACAUACGCCAUCGUACACGUGAAGAACACACACACACACACACACACACACACACACACACGUGUGAUUUAAACUGCAUGUUGAUUUUUUUCCAUUCUGUAAAUACGUUGAACAGAGUUUAUUUUUAAACAGGAGGAAACCUGCUGCUGUAAAUAAAACAUCUGGCUCGGGAUUUAAAAUAAUAAUUAAAUUAAAUUAACCCCCCCAAUUAAUGCUUCCUGUCAGCCACAACCAGGCCUGACUGCCAGUCGUUACCGGAGCCCGACCGAUACGUCACACCGCUGAUAGCAGCUUGUCACAAUCUGAGAGUUCCACAGUUUGUCCAGCAGAGAGCGUGUUUUAUAAAUCCGAGGGAUUCUUGCCAAACAUGUUUGUGUCGGUGAAUGUUUCAUAAUCAGUUAUUUUUAUUCUGGUAUUUGUGUCUCAGACAUCGAGUAUCGGUCGGACUCUGGUGUUAACCAUCGCCGUGUGACCUCUGACCCAGUUGGUUUACAUGGAAACUGACGGCCGAACAUCCGGGAAAAACUAGGAGUGCUGAUUGCUCCCACCGCUGGUCAGAAGUGAUACUACAACAUACAAGGGUAUAGAUACAGGUACAUACGAGGGUAUAUACAAGGGUAUAAAUACAGGUACAUACGAGGGUAUAUACAAGGGUAUAAAUACAGGUACAUACGAGGGUAUAUACAAGGGUAUAAAUACAGGUACAUACGAGGGUAUAUACAAGGGUAUAGAUACAGGUACAUACGAGGGUAUAUACAAGGGUAUAGAUACAGGUACAUACGAGGUAUAUACAAGGGUAUAGAUACAGGUACAUACGAGGGUAUAUACAAGGGUAUAGAUACAGGUACAUACAGGUAGAUACGAGGGUAUAUAUACACAGGUACAUACGAGGGUAUAUACAAGGGUAUAGAUACAGGUACAUACAGGUAGAUACGAGGGUAUAGGUACAGGUAGAUACGAGGGUAUAUACAGGUACAUACGAGGGUAUAUACAGGUACAUAGAGAGAUAAAUGCAGAGGUAUAUGCAGAGUGAGGAAGUUUCAUGUGGCUUUUAAAAAUCUUUCUUGAACACCAACUUUUUUAUUUCACUUGUAUUGUCACAACUUCUAACUUAAAUUCUGUACUUUCACACGUGUUUUGGGAGGUUUGUUGAUAAACUGUACUUGGAAGCUCACAGUUUCAGUUUCAGUUUCAUCAGUCGAAGGAACGAUAGCUAACCAUAACGUUAACAUCUAUAACUUGAAACACGUGAUUGGUGGAGAGCGUUGGGGCAAGCCUGAGCCUGGCAGACUGAGUUCAGGGCGGCCGUCUGGUUCCCUGUCAGGGCGAUGCUGGGUCAGACUGAAACAGGAACGUUUUUUUACUUAUUAAGUUGCAGCCAAACCAACACACACGCUUUGAUGAGCAAUUUCAUCUUCAUCAAACUGUACAUUCAUAUUUAGUGUUUUCUCAGUUUAACAGACAGAAGCUGCAUCAGAGAGUGUGUGUGGACCUGGUCAGUUUUACAGAGGUAAAGUAAGCCGUGUAGUGAUUAAAGGCUCGGUUUCCAGUUACAGCUUGUAAUAUUUGUAUGUUUCUGUUUUCUUUCUUUGUGAUAUGGAGAGUUGUAAUGUUUGCAGCCAGUUGUUGUGGGUUGGUUGGAGCUUGUAGUCGCUCCGCUGUGUACGAUAAACCCUAUAAAGAGAUUGUGACUGACA